UGAAAUGCAAAUGUAAUUCCCUUGCAUUCAAUCAUUUCUUCUUAGUAUAUAUACAUUUCCUCCCCCUCCAAUCGAGCUCUACGUUUAUAGCUACCAUUUCCUGCCGGAGCUAUAGAAUACACAACAUUCUAAUUAAAUUUCCUUAUUUGGUCACCGGAAAAUCAAGAACUCCGGUAGCACAUACUGUUAUGAAUAUAUAAUAUACCUUCGUCGUUCUUCGCCGGAAAAUAAAGAUUUGUUAAACGCGACAUGUAUAGCGGUGAACGGUGACGAAAAUGGCUAAGGGUAGAAAGCUGACUGCUAGUUGGAGCGAGAGGCUGUUAGGUAGUUACAGUUACAGUAACAGUGACAGCCAUGGAAGGAUCGCCGGCUGCGAAUCGGAGCUCGGAGAAGACGACGUGUGGUCGACGGUUGAUGGGAUGGCGAACGAUCGGCGGCGCGGGGUGGAUAGUAGUGAAAGUGGAGAGUGGAGCCCACGCGCCGGUUCCGAGAGUGGCGGAAGCUUUGAUAAUUUCAGGAGCCGCCGCCACCGCCCGCGGGUCCCACGUACGGAGCAUCACCGCCUCGAUGACGGCUCAUCUUUGACUUUUGAAGAUUUAGGUGAAACGACGCCGUCUGGGGUCGUUCAUCAGUUUCGCGGACAACAUGACGGCGUAACGGCGGCGCCGACAAAUGUACGACAUCUUUCCACUUCAGUCCCGGUGAACAUUCCCAAUUGGUCAAACUUCAACCGAGUUGACUCGGUUGAGUCCUUUUAUGAUUCUGAUUCUCAUACCCAUAAUCGCGACUUUGAAAUGGUCCCACCACACGAAUAUUUGGCACGUGAGUAUGGAAGAACAUCCGCAAAUUCAAUGUGCGAGGGCGCAGGUAGAACGCUUAAGGGCCGAGACAUGAGUCGAGUACGAGAUGCUGUUUGGAGCCAGACAGGAUUUAAUGGAUAAUAUGGUGAUUGAUGAUAUUUGUUGGAUGUUAUUAUAAGGAAUGGAAUUUGAUUAUAUUGUUGCUAGUAUAUUAUAUUCUUUUUGUUGGGCAAAUGGUACACUUACUCAAUGAGUCAACCCGGUCGUAGUUCAGCACAUACAAACAUUAUUAUAAUUAUUAAA